AUGCGCAUUAUUUUCCACAGUAUACGCGGAUUUAUUCCAUGUUUCUUCUCAAUUUUUCCAUUGCUUAUUUUAAAUGUAGGAGAUUUUGCAUUAUUUGUUGUUUCCGUAUCCUUUUCUAUCUCUAUUUCAAUAAUCUCUUCCUUUUCAUUUUUUCGAUCAUUGAUUAAUUCAAUUUUUGGGAUUUUUUCAUUUUCCAAUCCGCUCAUUUUUUAUUUCUUAUUUCAAAUUUAA